AGGUAUGACCUGCCCGGUCACCGCUGUCCUUGGGCCUCGCGUUCUUUCGGUUUUAUAUCCUGACACCCCCCCCCGGUCCUUCGCGGCCCUCGACGCUCUCUCGACAUCUCGCCUCUGCUUGAUCUCGCUUCCUCAUUUCUCUUCCUCAAUCCGAUCCCCUCUGGAUUCCCUCCCGGCGAGUGUGUCAUUGCCGUCAUUGCAUCAUGGCUCGAAUGAGGCAAUGGGUCGAGAAGCUCGAGGUGCCGUCGGAGCCUGGGUUGACCAAUACGCAACUGAUGUUGACCAACCAUGACUUACGGCCAGUUGAACCCGAACGUCGUCAGUGGAGAUGGUACAAUUUUAUUGCGUUUUGGAUUGCAGAUUCCUUGAACAUUAACACUUGGAUGAUCUCCUCGUCCAUGAUUGUAGAUGGACUGUCCUGGUGGCAGUCCUGGCUCUGUGUCUGGAUAGGCUAUUUUAUAGCCGCGUGUUUUGUUUGCUUGACAGGUCGCAUCGGUGCCGUCUAUCACAUCUCCUUCCCCGUGGUAUGUCGGUCAACGUUUGGAAUCUGGGGAUCGUUCUGGCCCGUUUUCAACCGGGCGGCCAUGGCGGUCAUUUGGUACGGGGUGCAGGGCUACAUCGGAGGCCAGUGUGUGACCAUUAUGAUUAGCGCCAUCUGGCCCAGCUAUGCCAACCUGCCCAACAGCAUCCCCGAAAGUUCCGGGGUCGAUACCAAGGGUUUCGUGAGCUUUUUCCUCUUUUGGCUCCUCUCGCUGCCCGCGCUCUGGUUUCCCGUCCACAAAAUCCGGCAUCUCUUCACCGUCAAGGCCAUCUACUCCCCCAUUGCGGCCAUUGCCUUUUUCGCCUGGUCUAUCAGCCGUGCCAAUGGCAUCGGGCCGAUCGUGCAUCAGCCCAAUACCGUGCAUGGCAGUGCGUUGGCCUGGGCAGUGGUGAAGGCGAUCAUGAGCUGCCUGGGAAACUUUGCUACUCUGAUCGUCAACGAUCCCGACUUCUCGAGGUUUGCAUACAAGCCCAAGGAUGCGCUGUGGUCCCAGUUGUUCACUAUCCCCAUCGGCUUCGGGAUUACUUCAUUCAUCGGCAUCAUUGCGUCGUCCUCGUCGGCUGUGAUCUUCGGAGGGGAGAUGGUGUGGAAUCCUCUCGACCUCUUGAACAUGUUCUUGGAAGGCGCGAGCUCUGCCGAGCGCUUUGGGAUCUUUGUGAUCGCGACGGGCUUCGCUUUGGCCCAGCUGGGCACUAACAUUUCGGCCAACUCGGUCUCGGCUGGUACCGACAUGACCGCGCUGCUUCCCCGAUACAUCACGAUCCGACGUGGUAGUUACGUCUGCGCCGCCGUCGGCUUGGCCAUGUGCCCGUGGAACUUGGUGUCUUCAUCCAACCAGUUCACCACGUAUCUCUCCGCCUAUUCUAUCUUCCUGUCCUCCAUCGCCGGGCCGAUGAUCUGCGACUACUACAUCGUCCGCAAGGGUUACUUGCAGGUCAAGGACCUGUACACGGCCCGGAAAAACUCGCCCUACCGAUACGUGUACGGCUUCUCGUGGCAGGCAUACGCCUCCUACCUGGCGGGCAUCCUCGUCAACAUCGUCGGGUUCGCCGGCGCCGUGGGCCGCACCGUGCCGGUGGGCGCCCAGUACAUUUACAACAUCAACUACUUCUCCGGCGUGAUCGUCUCGUUCACCAUGUACUACAUCCUGACCCGAUUCUGGCCGGUGCCGGCCACCAGCGAGACCUGGAACGAGGUCGACGUCGAUGUCGACAACCUGUCCGUCGCCUACGGCGAGGAAGUCGAGCCGUACCCGUACGACGGGGACGCGACGCCGAAGACGGACGAUCCCACGGAUCUGGGAUUCGCGCCGUCUCCCGACCAGAAGGGAGCCAAGGCGGGAUCGGCCGCCGCCCUCUAGACGCGAAAUAUUUUGUACAUAUGCGAUUGGAAGGGUUCUGUUUGUAAAAUUUAUACCCCAUGACUUUUGGUCCGGUCGAGUCGAUGAUUGAAAGGCCACCGGCGGAACACU